GUUGUCAUUCCAACCACAACCAAUUAAAUCCUCAUUCAAAAAGAAAGUAAAUCACAAUGUCAGGAUCUACCACUGUGACGCCUACCAUUUUCCGAGAAUACAUUGGCAUGGGAGAUUAUAUAGAUCAUUUUCCUGAUGAAAUGAUCAAUGCCGAUAUAAAAGAAUUCCACUUCAUUCUGUGCUUUGCCACAGAGACGCAUGUUGACGGAAAAGGCACAGGACUUUUUGACAGCAAUUGGAACUUCACGAACUUUAGCCCAGAAAAGGUGGUGGAACUAAAGAAAAAGCUUAACAACGUGAAAGUGAAAGUGGUAAUAAGCAUAGGAGGCAUUGGCCCUGAAGAUACAUUCAACCCUAAGAAUAAUGAAGACUGGAUUGUGAAUGCCACAUCAUCAAUCAAAGGGAUCAUCCUAAACUACCAGACCAAAGUCCCCAACGAUGACGUACUUGACGGUAUUGAUAUUAACUAUGAAAAAAUCAGUUCCAGUAUCAGUGACUUUUCCAACUGUAUAGGAGAGGUGAUAAAACAACUCAAGGUUGAUCCAGUUGUUUCCAAAUCCAUGAAAGUGGUGUCCAUUGGUCCAACAGAGAAUUCCCAAUCCUACUACCUCAAACUUUAUCGCGACAACAAAGGCUAUAUUGACUGGAUUGACUACAAGUUCUACAAUCAGUAUUUUAACACAGUGGACGAUUUUGAAAAGCUCUUUAAAAAACUAGUUACUGAAUAUGGUACUGCGUUAGAUAAAUUCUUGGUAGGAGUCAGCACCUAUGAAGCUAUUAAAUCUAAAACCAUUAUUGAGGGAUGCGAAUACCUCCUUAACCGUGGAUCACUUGUUGGAGCUUUUGUUUGGGAUGCUAAGCCCUCUGCCCCCGCAUAUACACCUGAGCGAGAGAUUCAAAAACUCCUUGCUAAAAAGUGAUUACUUACUAGGUUCUUACCUACCUGGUAAUUUGUUUUUAUUUCACGGGUCAUACAUACUAUAAUUAAUAGCAACGUCUUAUGCGUCAUGCUAUGUAUAGUAUGUUACAUAUUCUAAAUAAGACCUAUCAUCCAUCGUCUGCUCUUUUUACUGCUUGUGUCUUUGUAUUCUGCACCUUUUUAUCUGUUUCCUUUAAGUAUUAUGUUAUCUUGUGAUUUGUUUGUGAGAUUUUAAUUGCUUCUGUUUCUGUUGUAUGUACCAUGAAUUAUCUGUAAUAUCUUGCUAUUAAGUUAAUAAUAAGAAGCAAAUAUUAUUGUUUUCAAUUUCU